UCCUAGCACCAUCUACCCAUCUACAAUAACGCGGGUCGGGUACAUAUUUUCCAUGACCUCGUAUCGAAUGAGCCAAGUCCAAGUAGUCCGGGUCAUCCAAGAGGGGAACACCACUGACUGCUGCAACAUUGUAAGACCAGCAAGAGAUGGCGACACCACUCACCACCAUCAUCAUUAUGACUAUCAUCAACAUAAUACUACUCACACCAUGUCGGACUUAUAUUAUACAUUCAAUGAGACUGUCGUGCUCAACUACUUGGUCCACCCGACUUUUAGCCUUGCACUACCACCAUCAUCCACUCCCCAUCUUGCAUCACUGCCACUGUGUGACAAUGGCUCGGUAUCCGCGCUUACUUUCUAAUUUUCUAUUGGGAGAGGGGGGAACAUGGGGGGUUUUAGGAGAACUGCUGGUGGUGACGUGGUUCCUAUCCCCAUUUUCUCUCAGAUCCAUGUGUUUGUGAUGGCUUCAUUUCCAAUGGCAGUAGUGUGGUAAAUAGUAAUCUCAUCAUAUUUCUGUCAUAGGGGCUCCAUCAGUACUUAGGUAUAUAUUCCUAUGGGAUUGCUGUGCGGUGUGCUUGCA